GAGCAGAAAGCUGACGGAAAUUUUAACGGAAAUAACCGAUCAAUUCUCGUACGACCAAAUGCUGUUGAAUCACAAAUCGAAAGUAGGAACUCUUACCUGGUAUUUUGGUGGCUUAUUGGUGUUGCUGGGUUGUUGUUAUAUGUCCAGCGUUAUUGGCGUUCUCCGUCGCUCUCUAGGCAGCAUGGCAAGCAGUUACGUUUCCGGCACGCACUCCAUGGCCUUCGUCACCGUACCAAGUAUGGACGUCGGCAAGAAACUUGCUCAUGGCAUCGUUCAAAGAAGACUGGCGGCCUGUGUGAACAUCAUUCCAUCCGUAACGUCCGUAUACGAGUGGGAGGGGAAAGUAAAUGAGGACUCCGAACUCAUUCUGAUGAUCAAAACCUCGAGUGAGAAAAUUCCAGAUCUGUCAAAAUAUGUGCGGGAGAACCAUCCAUACGAUUGUGCUGAAGUGAUCAGCGCAAAGGUAAGUCGUCAUCCAGGGAGAACCAUCCAUACGAUUGUGCUGAAGUGAUCAGCGCAAAGAUUGAGGACGGGAAUGAGCCGUACCUCAAGUGGAUCGGAGACACCGUGAACAAACCCGUCGUUUAAGCCAAAGGGGACGACAAAUAACAGUGAACAAUAAAUGACUUUUGAAUAGACAGCCAGCUCCCGUCUUAUUAAAGAUCGUACGACAAAUUUAAGUUACGACUGAAUCUUUAGUUGAAAACAAAAUAAAAAGAUAUGACUUUUGUUGUUUAAGCUAUGAGUCAAGUUAACCCUUUCAGUGCGGGAACCGAAUUUUGAAGGCUUUUGCAAACAGUUGGGAUCCAGAUGAGACGCCACAGAACGUGGCGUCUCAUCAGGAUCCAAACUGUUUGCUAUUCUGAUAAUAUUCUUUGAAAAAAAUCGAAGAAAAUGCUAAUUUUAGAAAUUCAGCAGACGACAUUUUAGCAGACGACAAAUUUCCCAGCAUGCAAAGGGUUAAAGAUACCACGGGAAGUAUCAGGAAACAGGAAAUAAACCUAUACUACAUGAUUUUUAACGAGUUUGCUUCUCAUUAGAUUGUUUUAUAAUUUGAAUUUGCAGUACGAUAUUUAAUAAGACCGGCCCCUGGUUUUGAUCAGUAUUUUUUAAAGACUAUAUUAUGGUGAUUGUAAAUCAUGUUCAGAUUUGUGCACUUCGGCUAAGAAAUUGUGAGUGAUGGGUUACGUUUUUGAUAUUCUUAAAUAGCCUCAUAUUUUUUUCAACUCUCCAACCACAAUGCACUCAGCUUUGAUACUUGGUAUGUUACAUCCGUUUGUUAUCCUCUUCGGAUGAUUCUUCAAAUUAUGUCCAUAGGUUCGAAACUUGACACUCUUUUUCACAGGUGAGCGAUAUAGGGCCAUCUGGACCUUUUUGUUUAAUUGAUCGUUUUAAAUGUGCUUUCGGCUGAAGAGUUGACCAUGUAUUACUUUAUUAAAGGGGCCUUUUUUCAAAUUUUGGCAUCGUAGUUCCACAAAAUAUAACGACAACAACAAAACUCUCCAAAUUAUUAAUUCGUUUCGCGUUGCAACGCUUUAUAAUUUUCGGGUUUUUAAAUCGUCAAAAGAUGCAUGUAUUGGCUAUUUAAGAGCAUGGCAAAUGUUCAGUAUUACCGUUUCCUCACAAAUAUCAUAACUAAAACGAAAAUUUGCAAAUCUGAAACAACUUUUUUCAAUUUUGUCAAUUUACCCAAACGUGAAAAGGCCCCUUUAAGAAACUGUAAAUGAUUUUCAUGAUACUGUUUUUGUAGUUCCAUUUCUGUCAUGAUAGUGUGUGUGAGCCAAUGGAUGAAAUGUGACGGGAAAGAAAACAAAACGAAUGCAAUUCGUAUGCCGUGCCCGUAGAUUUAAUGUUUGUUUCGCACUCACAGACAAUAUGAACACUCGUAAAACGAGUAUAAUCCAUUGUAUUUUGAUCUGAAUAAAAUAUAACAAACGUA